AGAGAAAGAGAGAGGUGAAGGGAAGAGAACAUUUGUCAGUGGAAAGAGGAAGGGGGGCCAGUCUCUCAUCAAAGAGGAAAAAGGCAGAAACCGAAAAUCCUUUCCUCCUCCUCGUCCUUCUUCACUACCACUUCACUCUCAAGACGGAGGUGAGGCUCUGAUCGGAAUCUGAUCGCCUCAGCUCCCGCCUCGUCGAUCGGGCCUUCCGUUGCCGUGAAUUUGCUUCGCGGCUUCGACGCUUGGUGAGCUGAAGUAGUUUUUAGAAUGCUCGGAAUCUGCUUCCGGUGGUCGUCGACACGAUUCCAGGAAGGGAGUUGCUUGAAUGUGAUGAGAAACAGAGAGAAGAAGUAGCAUAACUCUUAAAAAAAAAAAACAAAAAGAAGUACUAGAGUUCUUGGCAUUUCCCAGGCAAACAUAAAUGGCUUCUGCCCGCAUGGGUAAUGGAGGAGCUGGCAGUUCCAGGUCCGUUAAUGGUUUUAAGAGUUCAUCCAGUUCAGUUGAUUGGCUUAGCAGAGAGAUGCUUGAGAUGAGACUGCAGGAUAAGGUGGACCAUGAUGAGGAUAGGGAGAGUGAGACAGAUAUAGUUGAUGGUGUGGGCGCUGAAAUAGGGCACGUGAUAAGAACUACUGUUGGUGGCAGAAAUGGUCAAUCUAGGCAGGCGGUCAGUUAUAUAGGGGAACAUGUGGUCGGAACAGGAUCUUUUGGAGUUGUUUUCCAAGCAAAAUGUAGAGAAACUGGAGAAAUCGUUGCUAUUAAGAAAGUUCUCCAGGACAAGAGAUACAAGAAUAGGGAAUUACAGAUUAUGCAGAUGCUGGACCAUCCUAAUGUCGUGGCAUUGAAACAUAGUUUCUUCUCAACAGACAAAGAAGAGCUGUAUCUUAAUCUUGUGCUGGAAUUUGUUCCGGAAACUGUUCACCGUAUUGCAAGGAACCACAGUAGGAUGAAUCAGAGAAUGCCUUUAAUAUAUGUCAAACUAUAUACGUAUCAGAUUUGCAGGGCACUUGCUUACAUACAUAACUGCAUUGGUAUUUGUCACAGAGAUAUCAAGCCUCAGAACUUGCUUGUGAAUCCUCAUACCCACCAGUUGAAACUUUGUGAUUUUGGAAGUGCUAAAGUGCUGGUCAAAGGGGAACCUAAUGUUUCAUAUAUCUGCUCAAGAUACUAUCGUGCUCCAGAACUAAUAUUUGGUGCCACUGAGUACACAACAGCUAUAGACAUAUGGUCAACAGGUUGUGUCAUGGCAGAAUUACUUCUAGGCCAGCCUCUAUUUCCGGGAGAAAGUGGAGUCGACCAACUAGUUGAGAUCAUUAAGGUUUUGGGAACACCAACGAGGGAGGAGAUAAAGUGCAUGAAUCCGAAUUACACAGAAUUUAAGUUUCCUCAGAUAAAGCCUCAUCCAUGGCACAAGGUCUUUCAAAAGCGGCUACCUCCAGAAGCAGUUGAUCUUGUCUGUCGGUUUUUCCAAUAUUCCCCGAACUUGCGCUGCACUGCUUUGGAAGCUUGUAUUCACCCCUUCUUUGAUGAACUGAGGGAUCCAAACACUCGCCUUCCUAAUGGCCGCCCUCUUCCACCCCUCUUUAAUUUUAAGCCCCAAGAACUCACGGGCAUACCCCCAGAUAUCGUGAGCCGACUCAUACCAGAGCAUGCUCGGAAACAGAACCUGUUCAUGGCUCUUCAUGCCUAAGAUUACCGAUCUUUCUUGCUUCUGCAGUGCUCUCCCAUCCUCUGCCGUGCCUCCUGAUUCUCAAUCUCCAAAAUCCCAGAUUCUCUUCUCAUGAAGAAUCAUACUACCAUCUUGCCAGGUAAAAAAGGAACAAAGAAAACGAAAAUGUUACUGGAGACAUCCAUGCUGUUGAGUCAGCGUUUUGGCGAAAAUGUACUUGUUUUUAUGUCUAUAUAUUAUAUAGUGAUAAGCUAUUAUGUAUAUGUGGUGCUGUGAUCCGAGAUAGCCGCAGCGGAGCCUUUACUUACUCCGUGUUAAAAAGUUUGUUAUAUCCGUAUUCGCAGCAAUUCUGCCGGAGAACUUUCUAUGUUACAGCAAAACUUCUUUAUCUCGAUAUGGAAAUUUUCCUCACAUACA